GCGUUGCUUUCAUAUGUGGUAUCACAAGAUCCUCUAUAUGAUCCUUUAAUUCACUCUACGUCUAGAGUUAAACCUAAAAACUCCAUGGCUUGUAGUCACUGUAAAAAGUCUAAAGCUAAAUGCAGCUACUUGGGCAAUAAUCCAUGUAAACGAUGUGUUGAAAGAGGACUCGAAUGCACUUUCUAUCCACAAAAAAGAAGAGGCCCCAAGCCCGGUAAAAAAACUAAAUCGGAUACGUCAAACUUGGCAGUUUUUCAAAAAUUGAAUCAAGACUAUACACGAAAGGCCCAUAAACUCGGAUUUGAUAUACAUAGAAUUGUUGCGUCCCCAAAUAAUUCUGAUGUAGCAAUUCCAAAUUAUAAUACAAUAUUGCCCAUUGAAGAAAAUUUAAUUAUGGCUUUAAAUAGUUCAUCAACUUGGGAAGAUAAUAAUAACCAAUGUUUCUUUACGAACAACGGAACUGAAGCUGAAACUGACCCUAUGUCAACGUUACCUUACCCAAAUCAUAUCCAACUUAUUAGUCACUCCUUUCCCUUUACUUAUUCUGCUCCCUUCCAACGGUCACGAAAUAAUACUGAUGAUAUGUACUUUAUUUCGUCUUCCUCAAAAGUUGCGCAAAUCUCGGGCACAAAUCAUCAAAGACGCAAGUCAAAAAAUCAAUAA